GAUCUCUACACUCUUCCCCUCCCAAUCUCUCUCUACACACCAUAUAAAAAUACACGAUGAGAGCUUUCUCGCGCCUCCUCAUGGCCUCCCCUUCGGGAAUGGGCUCCAAGUCCAGCCUCAGCCAAGCCAUGGCCCUCCUCCCGCCCAUCCACCUCUACCGUCGCCUUCUCCGCGCCCACCGACGGAAGCUCGAUCCCGAGAUGCGCCUGCUUGGCGAUAGCUAUGUGAAGGCGGAGUUCCGGGCGCAUCGCACGGUGGAGAAUCCGGUACAUAUUAUCGGCUUCCUCACGGAGUGGCAGCUGUAUGCGCAGAAAAUAGAAGGAGAUUCGUGGGCCGGGGAGAAAUUGGACAAGGCGAAGCUGGAUAAGAUGAGUGAUCAGCAACUCGGACAGCUGUAUGAACUACUCCAGGCUACCAGGAAAUCCGAAGAUCCAGGUAACAAGUCGUGAGUCGUGUGACUUGCCGUACCAUGCUGUAUUUUGUACCGAAUGACGAUGGCUUUCUUUGAUUUUCCUGUUUCUGUUCAAGUGGGACGAUAGAUCCUGCUUCUGAUACAACACCCCAUGAUACAUCCCCUUCCAGGAAUGAGAGAGUGGAACGACAGGCCAAGAGCCAGUCGAGUCUGGGAAGGAUAGCCCAUGCGGAUGGAUGAUGGCUGUGGCUGUACGAUACCGAUAGGAUGGAACCGACUGCGUGUGCAUGAGACUGGGACGCGUGUCGGUGCGGCCUUGUAU